CGGCGGAGCCACGUGGUGGGGCCGGGAAGCCGUGGCCGCGGAGCGCCCGGGCGGCUGCCCCAGCUGGGCAGUGCUGCUCCGCGCCGCGCCGCGCCGCCUUCGGUGUCUGCGCUCCCCGCUCCGCGCUCCCCGCCGGCCGCCCCGGGGCAGGAGGCGCGCCGGGCGCCCGGCCGGUCAGACAAAGGAGGCGCGGCGCGGCGGAGCCAGCGCGCGGGUGGACGGACCAUGGACUCCGAGCGCAAGCGGCCCGCCCCGGCCCUGAGGACCCCGCGCUCCUGGCCCCGGCCCUAAGCGCCCGGCCCCGCCGCCCGGGGCGCCCAGCGGGAAGGACGCGGAGACGGCCCGGGGCGGAGGAAGCGGCGGCCGCCGAGCUAGAGGGGCGCCGCGGCGGACGGCCUGCGCGGCCCCUGGAGCCAUGGGCAAGUGCAGCGGGCGCUGCACGCUCGUCGCCUUCUGCUGCCUGCAGCUGGUGGCUGCGCUGGAGCGGCAGAUCUUUGACUUCCUGGGCUACCAAUGGGCUCCUAUCCUAGCCAACUUCCUGCACAUCAUGGCGGUCAUCCUGGGCAUCUUUGGCACGGUGCAGUACCGCUCCCGGUACCUCAUUCUGUAUGCAGCCUGGCUGGUGCUCUGGGUUGGCUGGAAUGCAUUUAUCAUCUGCUUCUACCUGGAGGUUGGACAGCUGUCCCAGGACCGGGACUUCAUCAUGACCUUCAACACAUCCCUGCACCGCUCCUGGUGGAUGGAGAACGGGCCAGGCUGCCUGGUGACACCUGUCCUGAACUCCCGCCUGGCCCUGGAAGACCACCAUGUCAUCUCUGUCACUGGCUGCCUGCUCGACUAUCCCUACAUUGAAGCCCUCAGCAGCGCCCUGCAGAUCUUCCUGGCUCUGUUCGGCUUUGUGUUCGCCUGCUACGUGAGCAAAGUGUUCCUGGAGGAAGAGGACAGCUUUGACUUCAUCGGUGGUUUUGACUCCUACGGAUACCAGGCGCCCCAGAAGACGUCGCAUUUACAGCUGCAGCCUCUGUACACGUCGGGGUAGCUUCAGCCCCACGCCCACCCGGUGCCGUGCCGAGUGCUUUGUGCUAAACUGACAGCCGCUGCCACGAGCUCGGGCCAAGAUGGCAGGCGCGCCCCCUGGUGGCUGGCGGGCUGACUGCAGCUUGCGCGGCUCUAUCUGGUCUGCCUCGGACUUGGACUUGGCCCUUUGCAGCCUGGAC